AUGAAAGUAUUUCUAGUUUUAGUAUUAACAUUAUUCUGCAAAAGUUCAUUUUCAUCAUCAGAUAAUUUUCUGCGCAAUUUUCUCACCAAAAAUCUCACAGAAUUCGCCGAAGAAGAAGCAGAGCCUCCAAUUCUGUUGCCAAUAUCUUAUGAUUUACAAUUGCAAUUACCAUUAUCAGAAGUUGCUGAACCAGAAGUUCCAUUAUUCACAGCAAGAUGUGUAAUACAAUUCGAUUUAACAACACAAAUCGGACCAGAAUCUGCAUUUUUAAGCGAUUCAACAAGCAAUCGAGCAAAAUUGAAAUUCGAUAUCAUAAUGUUGGAUCAUUUUGAGAAUGUUUCAUUGGUUUUUGAUGGAAAUGAAUUGGAAAUAUUUAAUGUUUUAUUGACGGAUGAUUCAAUGGAAUUAUCUGUUGAUCAACCUGUUUUAUUUUCUGGAAGAUAUACUUUGACUAUUCAUCGAUAUAAAGGAUUGAUUGGAGCUGCAAUUUAUUAUAGGUUUGUCAAUGGGUAAAACAAAUUCUCCAUCUGAUUUCUAGUUAUUCAAAAAAAAUUUAGGAGUCUUUGAAAUCCAAAAUGAUAAAUAUUUCAAAAAAACUACAGUAAUCUUUAUCUCAUAGAAACGAGAUUUUUAUUUUAGUUUCUGAAAAUAUGUGGAACAUUUUUACAAAAAAUCUACAGUACCAUGUCAUAUUUAAAAUAGUUUUUCGGAACAUUAGAAGAUUUUCAAAUAAUUGAAAUCUACAGUACUCAUGGAAUUUAUUCAGUUAAAUUAAAAACGUGAUCCAGAACACAAACAAAUACUGUGCACCUACAGUAUCCCAAAAAAUUUAAUUAUUUUUCAGAGAUGCCGGUGAGCAUGCCGUUUUCGGCUCUCAACUUUUCCCCAACCGAGCACCAGCCGUUUUUCCCACAUUUCUCGGAGCCACCCAAAAAUCAACCUUCAGCAUAUCAAUUAUUCAUCCAAAAGGAAGUCAGGCAAUCACUUCGAGUUCACCCGAAGGUUUGCCACAAAAUGUUGACACCAAUUGGCAGAUGACCACUUUUGCAACAACUCCAAAAAUUGUGCCAGGAAUGUUGUGCUUUGCACUUUUGCCUGAUGAAUAUGCCAAAGUGGGAGCUUUUUUUUUGAGAAGAAAAUCCUAAUUUGAAAAAUACUUCCAGAUUGAUUCUUCUUAUACUGGAAUUCCUAUGACUAUUCAUUAUAAUAAAUAUCGAAUACAAGCCUCACAAGCAAAACAUAUUUUACAAACUGCCACUCAAGUUUUAGCGAUUUUAAAGUAAGUUUAGCCCCUGGAGAGCCCUAAUUCUCAAAUAACAUUUUAGGGAUAUGUUUUCUUCAAUUUUACCAGUUGCAAAAAUCGAUCUUAUUACAAUGAACGAAGCCGCCGCUAGCGCUUGUUUUUCAACUAUUAUUAUUAGUGAAGGUAAGCGACCUCCCACGAAGAAAACGAGAGAAAAAGUAUCAUCUUUAUCUAUGCAAUUUCUCUCUGUUUCUCUCGGCCUACUUAGUAUAGUGGUUAGUACUCCACGUUGUGGCCGUGGCGACGCUGGUUCGAUUCCAGCAGUAGGCAGCUCUUUUUAUUUUUUUUUGUAAAAUAUUUUUAGCUCGUCUGUUAUCAGCUGACUAUGCAAACCAAGUCAAUUAUCUGGCUCAAUAUUUGGCAAAACAGUGGAUUGGUGGAUUGGUAGCUGUAUCGCAGGGCGAAGAUAUGUGUCUGCAGGAGGAUUUGGUGGUUUUUGUGGCUGCGAAGAUUGUGCGGAGAAUGACGAAUGAUGAAUAUUUCAAAUUGGCGCAAUUGGCGAAAAUAAUGUUGGUCGAGAAUAUAUUUGAAGCAGGGGAGAGUUUGAUAUUGGAAGAUUAUCCCACGGAAACUGAGGUUGGUGGGAACGGUUUUUAAUACUUCACAAAAAAUUGUCUAUAACCCUUGAUAUGAGCAGAAAAUUUUCAAAAUUUGGAAUAUACAGUACUCCUGAUUAAACUCAAUUCAAAUAAUUUUAAAUAUCUAAAACAGACUCCGAAAGUUGAAUAAAAAACAUUAUUGAAAAAGUGGCUAGAAAGUUAACUCUAUCCAAAUACAGUAACCAAAAAGUAUAUCGAAAUCUAACUACAGUAAAAGCAAAUUCAGAAAGAUAGUUCAAGAAUUAUUCUGCAACAUUUUUUCUGCAAAAAACAAUUUUCUUAAGUUUUUAAAAAGGUAAAGAACACAAUAAUAUUCUGAAAAGUUGAAAAUUAUAACAGUUUUUUUUUUGAAACAGUAGCUUUUUUUUGAAAAAGGUCUGAAUUUGUCUUGUAAAAAUUUCUACCAAUCAUCCAAAAAUAAUACAAUUUUAUUUGUAUCAAUUUUGAAACUGUAACUUUUAUUCCAGAUUUCCGAAAAAUGUGGCUUGAAAGGUGUUCAAAUGCUCGAAUCCAUCGAAUCUUUGAUCGGAGAAAAAACAAUGUUAUCAAAAAUCAACGAAUUGAUUUAUAAUUCUCCCAAAGGUUCUUUCGAUUCGCACACUUUUUAUGAAAUUUUGAACGAAAAAGUUGAUGGAGAUAUUUAUGUCUCACAAUUAUUGCAUUUUUGGCGGGAACAUGGCGGAUUACCUUAUAUGGAUAUUGAUCGAUUGGGAAAUUCGAUUAAAAUUUUACAACAUGAGGGAAAUGUGACGGUUAAGAACGGUAAGAAAAUAUAUUUGAAAAAUAUUUCUACUGUUUCAAAAAUGUUUUAUAAGAUAUUCCAAAGGUCAACAUUAAUUCAACCUUCACUGUUCCAAAUUUUAGCCAUUCAGAACACUUUUCCAGAAUAUACAAAUUUAAAAAGUUUGAAAAAUUUAAAGGGGGGGUAAGACGACAAAUUUUUUUUGUCGCAAAGUUAAAGGCUCCCCAAAAGUAGUAAAACCUCCAAGGGAUUUUUUCUGGAAACGUCCAGAAAAAAUGUUCCAUAAACUAGGUACCACGUAUAGCUAUACGUUGAAAUUAUUCCAUAAACUUUCGGACAACGUAUAGCUAUACGUUGAAAAAAGUUCAUGGAAUAUUUUUUUCGGACCUUUUUAGGCCUUUCGAGAAAAAAUCCCCCGGGGCUUUUACUAUUCAAAGGGAGCCCGAUUCAUUGAGCAAAUAAAAUUUUGUCGUCUUACCCCCCUUUAACAAAUUGGCUAAAAUUUUUGAAAUUUUUUUUGAUAGAAAAUUAUUCGAAACAGUAUCAUUUUUCAAAUAUUUCCAGCUCAAAACACUUGGGAACGUAUUCCACUUUGGCCACUUCCAAUGCAAUUCACCGAAUUUCGUCUACCAAUUCAAAUUAUGUUAAGUCACGCGGUUCAUCUGAAUCCCGUUCGAGAAGGCCAUAUUUUCGCCAAUUUAGGAUUUCAACAUUUUUAUCGAGUAAAUUAUGAUAUUGACACGUGGCGAGAAAUCAAAUCGAUAUUAAUGGUGAAUGCCACGUCAUAUACGCCAAGAGAACGAUUUCAAUUAGUCUCGGAUUUUUGUUAUUUUUAUGAGAAACGCAUCUUGCCGGAACCUGCUGCGUCAGUUUUACGGAAUGAGUUUGUUCAACUCGUUCGAUUGAGAUCUGAAGCUUUUCCGAUUUGUGAUGCCUCGAUUUAUCAAUGUAUUGCUGCUCAUGAACAUAUCCGACCGAAACAUCUUGACAAAAAUACUGCGAUUUUGCUGAGAAAACGAAUAUUUGAUAGUUUUUCCAACUCAUCAGAAAUGGAUUGUCGAAGUGGCUCAGCUCACGAUUCUUUAAAUGAUCUUUGUGUAAAAAUUUAUGGUACCUCAUGUUUAUAAGAAUAAAGAAUUGAUACUUCAAAAUUUAGAGCCCGCUCAGACAAAUGCCUCAGUUUCCUCAAGGAUUCUAGGAUUCGUCAUUUAUUGGUCUUCAUCGACGGGUUAUUUCGAGUAAGGUAGGCAGAAAAAGCAAACAGCAGCGAGGUGUAUCAACGGGCUCGCCGACAUUUGGCUGUUCGCACCAGCCGCUAUGUUUUGUGUGUGUGUCGUAGCAAACGAUGCUACGCAGCCUGUUGUUUAGCGUUGCUUUUUCAUUUUAUUUUUUUUUCGUUUGUUUUUUUUGUGGAAAAACAGUCAUUUCUAAAAUGUUUGCAGAAAAGAAAUGGCAGAGGAUGAUAGAAUUGCAAGACUGAAACGAAUCCGUAAUCAAGACCAGCUUCAGGAGUUUCAGGAAGAGAAUGAAUUGAUAAAAUCAGCCAAAAGAACUAGGGAACAAUGGGAUGAAGAUGAGGAAGAAGAAGAAGAGUUUGAACAGCCACAAAAUUCUGGGCAAACUAUGAGCAAAGCAGAAGCGAUGAUGGCGAAAAUGGGUUAUAAACAAGGAACAGGUCUAGGAAAGAAUAAACAGGGAAUCUCUGAACCUGUGGCACUAUCGACUCAAAGAGGACGAACUGGUUUGGGAAACACGGCUGGAAAAGCUGUGGCCAGAGAUUUCAAUGAAGUUUGGGAUGAUGCUGAAGAGCAAAAAACUGUAGAAGAACAUGUCAGAUGGUUUUCACAAUGUGACGAUGAAAAACGUCGAGAGAUUUGUGAACUGAUUCGAGACAGUGACGAUUUUAUGGUGAUUCGCGAGAAAAAACUGAAAAUUGAGGAUGAAAUCGAGUUUUGUAAUCAGGAUAUUUUGCUGGAAAUGUUGGAUGCAAAAAAUGUUUUCGAUUUGAUGAGCGACAAAGAUUUACGUGAAGCAAGAACUCGGGCAAAUCCAUAUGAGACUAUUGGAUCGGCGUUUUUUCAAAAUCGGGCGGCGAUGAAAACUGCUAAUAUGGAUAAGAUUUAUGAUUGGAUUUUUUCGCAAGAGAAUACCAACACGUUUUUAGUGAGUGUUUUUGGGAGGAAGGAAAGAGAUGGAAGAGUUGAUUUUGAACAUCGAAAUCCUGAAAUUCGAAUUUAGUAUAAACCCAAAAUAAAUUGAAAUAACUUCGUUUUUUUUCUACAGUUGAAUAGAUGAUAAUAAAUUCAAAAUUAACUCAUUCACAUUCAAAUCUUCAAAUAGUGAAUAUUUAGUACAAAUACCAAUAUAUAUGGAACACAAAAUAAAAUUCUCGAAAAUCUCAAUAAUAAUUGAAACAGUAAAUUUUCUUUAUUAUUGGGAUAGAAAAUUUUCAAAAUUCAGAACUUGAAUCUACAGCGCAACAAUUUCAAUUUUUCCUAUAAAUAUUUUGAAUAUCAUUUUUGGACUGAAAGUCAAAUGACCGCUGAUAAUAAAAAUCAAAAUUAACCUAUAAAGUAUUUGAAACAGUGAUUUUUCACAGAGAAAAUUUUCCGCCGAUCUUAUCCAACUCUAGAAAAUCCUAAAAUUCUUCAAAAACCUGACUAUAAUACCACAAAAGUUCCUAACCUCAAUUUCUUUCCAGCAAAAAAACCCUUUGACCAACACAGAUGCCAUCAACACUGAUCGAAAUCAAGACAUAUUUUAUUUUGCUGAUGUUUGUGCUGGACCUGGCGGGUUUUCCGAAUAUAUGUUAUGGCGAAAAGGAUUCUAUAAUGCAAAAGGUUUCGGUUUCACAUUGGCUGGAAAAGACGACUUCAAAUUGAACAAAUUUCGAGCUAGCACAGCUUGUUAUUUUGAACCAUUUUAUGGAAAACAUAGGGAUGGAAAUGUUAUGAAUCCUGAAAAUAUUGAUUCAUUGGAGGAAUUUGUGAUGAAAGGUGGGCGGGUUUUUCAGUGUUUCAAAAAGUUGAGAAACAUUCAACUGUUUCAAAUUUUCAAUACGUUUGCUCUUGGAUAUUUGAAAUAAUAAUCUUCCGGUUUCCUUUGUUCAGAAAAUAAAAAGUCAUCGCAAAUGUUCCCAGAAUUCUAAACUUUAACUGUUUCAAAAUUCUAACGACUGUGGGUUUUUGAAGAAAUUAAAAAAAACAUAAAAUUUUUAGGUAAUGAUUAUAAAACGCCCUAUAUUCUGCCAUAGGGAUACCAAUUUAACCCUCAAAAAAGUUUCCACAUAAAUAUCUAAUUAAAUUAGCGGUAGCAGGUCUUCAAUAAACCCUUAUCAACUAUGCUCAACGAUAAAAUCCAAAGAAUUAAGCUUGGUAUCAGGAUGGGACCACUAUGUCAUUUUUCACCUCGGUUAUCAAAGAAGACAGGGGUAAGUAGGUUCUUAUCAACUAUUUCCAAGAAGGUCCCAUCCUGAUACCAGGCUUAAUUCUUUGGAUUUUAUUGUGGAGCAUAGUUGAUAAGGGCAUGCUACCCCUAACUCAAGUUCAAAAUUCACUAUUUGCCUCAUUGAUGUAAAUUCUGAGCUUAAACUCAAUACAAUUGAAAUUUUCAGAUUUCUAUAGCUGGAAAUAAAAAAAAAUGAAAAGGGGGGGGGGUUAUCCCUUUCGUCGAAAAUUUUCAAAAAUAGGGGUAUGCACUGGCGGAUUUGAAACAGGGGUAUGCGACGUAUGUCCUUUGUUCAGAAAAUAAAAAGUCAUCGCAAAUGUUCCCAGAAUUCUAAACUUUAACUGUUUCAAAAUUCUAACGACUGUGGGUUUUUGAAGAAAUUAAAAAAAAACAUAAAAUUUUUAGGUAAUGUUAUAAAACGCCCUAUUUUUGCAGGCACCAAUAAUGUUGGAGUUCAUUUAAUGAUGGCAGAUGGUGGUUUCAGUGUAGAAGGAAAAGAAAAUAUUCAGGAAAUCCUCUCAAAACGGCUAUAUUUAUGUCAACUUUUAGUUUCACUUUGCAUCGUUCGAGAAGGCGGCAACUUUUUCUGCAAACUUUUUGAUAUUUUCACACCAUUCAGUGUUGCUUUGAUUUAUUUGAUGAGAAUUUGCUAUGAAGAAAUCUCACUUCAUAAACCACACACAAGUCGACCAGCAAAUUCAGAAAGAUAUAUAACAUGUAAAGGAUUGAGAAAAGAAUAUUCGGAUGUUGUUAGAGAUUAUUUGAAAAGAGUUAAUAGGAAAAUGGAAGGAAUGAAGAAUCAGGAUGUUUUGGAUAUUGAAGAGAUUUUGCCGAUGGAAUAUUUGAAAGAAGAUCAAGCAUUUUUUGAUAAUAUUGUGGAACAUAAUCAUGUGUGAGUUUUUUUGGUUGAGGGGAUUUGGGAAAAAUAUGUGCAAACUUGGAUUUUUGGCCGUUUUCGUUGAAUUUUUUCAAAGUAGUAUACACUACCAGAAGUUCUCAGGGGUGUCGUUUUGGCAACCGCCCGGAACUCUGAUUAUCUUUUCCUUCGUCAAGAUAAUUACGAUUUACGUUCAAUUUACGAGAACGAAUAAACAGAUUGUCGUAUAGGAAUAUUUAUUGGAUCUAAUCGUCAGAAAAUAGGCUCAGGUCAUGGAUUGCACAUUUGAAAAUUUUUGGAAAAUUUUGUCAAAACUUGUGACUUUGGUAAAUCGACCCUCCUGAACAACGUGAUGCAUUCAGUUUUCCAUAAAAAUAAUUUCUAACAUGAGUUAUGGGCUCCUAAAACCCCGAUUUUCAGGAAAUUCUCAACUUUUGGCUCAUUUUUGGGCUCUUCAGAGAGUCGUUCAGCAAAAACUGAAAACAGGAGCUUUAUCAGCGUGAAAAACUGACCUAAAAAACAUGAGUCUCAUUGAAAAUCUCCGGGGACUGGUCACACACUUCCCUCGUAAGGAGAAACAAAAAAACUAAAAAAAAAAGCGGCCGUUUUUGUUUUUGUCGAACUUACGGUUUACUGAAAAGUACUGUUGUGUUCGAAAUUCUGCAAAAGAAUUUGUCUGUCUGAGUUCGAUUAUAUUUGAAACGUUCAAUAUGUUUCUGCUUGUAUUUAAACUGUGUCUCGAGAACGGCUAGACUGUGUUUUUGGGUGGGCUGGGAGGGCCCUGAGAAACAAAAAAACUGACUUCCUUGAGAAACACUUAUUUUGUGAAAAUGCAAUGACGUGUCACGUCACGUCAAAAUAAUAAUAUUCGUUCUCUAGAAUUUCUCGUAAAUCUAAACAAUUUUUGAAACAGUGAAUUUCUUUCUUGAUGAGAUUUUUAAAACGUUUCUGUGUGUUAAAAUUUUUCUCAUUUUAAAAUGAAAAAUAUAUUGAUAGAAAAAAUGUUUUCCUUGUGAUUUCGUUCAAACAGUGAUCCUUUUUUCAGCUUGGCUCGCCGCCAAACAAUGUAUCUUCGAAAAUAUCAAAGUUUCGCCAAAAAUCAAGGUCAAUUUGACAAAGAUCAAGGAAAUCUGAAAGAGGAAUGUUUGAAAUAUUGGAUGGUUCCAAAUCGAGCUCGACCAAAAGAACGAGAAGAUUAUCGAUCUUCGUUAAAUCCAUUGGAAGUUGUUGGACAAUUCACUGAUGUUGUGAGUUUUUUGGAGCGUUUCGAAUUGAGAAAAACAGAGGAAUGUAUAAUUCUGAGAAAUUUCACUGUUUCAAACUAUUUAUGAAUUUUUUCGUCGAAUUUAGAUUUCGAAUUAGUAAUCAGUUUUGGAAUUGUUUUCGAACAUCAUCAAUUUUUUCUAGUUCUACACGAAUCGCGAUUUUUCGACAAGGCCAAUUGCUUUUACAUCAAAUAUUCUGAACGCUGAUGUGCCUGGCGAAUUUCCGUAUGGAACUUAUCGAUUUGUUAGAUUGGCAUCGAGUAAUCCAACGAUUUUGGUUUCCACUGGAGUGAGCUUUUUUGAGGGAAAAACUGGGGUUUGGGGGAAUUUUCAAUCUGAAGAUUGUUUUGAACAUUUUGUACUGAUUUGUGGAAUACCAUGUGCAGAACUCGCAUUUGAUUCAUAACAAAAAAUAUUUUCAUACCCAAAAUGUCCUCUAAUUUUUGUAAAAAUUCAACAGAAACAAAUUUUCAAAAUUUCUCCGCGAAAUUUAGAUUUCCACGUGGAUUUUUGGGCCAUCAAAAUUUUGAACUCUUUGAAAUGCAUUUUUUUUUUUGCAGAACAACAAAUUCCUUAUCAACAGUCGUGGUGAAUUUGAAAAUCUCGAUUGGUUCACAGUUCGAAUUCCUGAAAAAACAAUUUUAUUAGUUGAAAGAGUGAAAGAAUCGAAAAUCGAUGAUCGUCGAAAAAUUCAACAAAGUUCAAGCGCAGAUGUCAUUCGAAUUAUCGACGCCGCUGUUUUACACGGGGAUAAUGUUUCGAAAUUGAUUUAUGAAGAACGAAUGAAGGCGGCUGAGAAAUUCUGCGAAUCGCUGAAACUUGUGAAUCGAACAAUUCGAAAAGGUUGGGGAAGAAUGGAAAGUUGGCAGAAAACUGAUAUUUUGGUGACUGCUCAACAUUUUGCCGUUGAACAAUUGGAUGAGGUGAGCGACUUUUUUAUUGUUGGAAAUGUGAAAUUUCAAUGCAUUUAAUAAAAACGAUCAAAUAGAAAUCUCCUGUCGAAUUUGUUGAAGAAAUUCUGAAACAGUAAAUUUUUUUAAAGUAAAAUUUUCAAAAAAUCAGCUGAACGGGAAAUAUUUUUCAAGAUGCAAUUUUCUGUACAAUUGUGAAACAGUGAAGAUUUCGAAAGUAUAUUGUCGAAAAAACGAAAAAAUUUCUGUUGGAAAUGCUUUGAGGAAAUUUUGGAACAGUAAGAUUUGUUUUAUAUACGGACUGUUUCAAAACGGACAAGUUUCUGAAAAAUAUUUGUGAGGAAAUUUUGAAACAGUAGGAUUUUUUUUUAAAAAUUGGGUUUUCUGAAAACUUGACAUUGUUAACUGUUUAUGAUAUAUUAAUUUUCUAAAAUCAAAAACUUUUCAAAAUUCAUAAUUGUUCUUUUAAAAAUUUUUAAAGAGAAAUUCCAGUUUAUGAAAACAAUGUACUGAACAAAAAUAUACUUCACGAUGUUUUUGAUUAAAUUUCGAAACAGUGAUAUUUUUGAACCAAAAUUUGUUUUCAGAUCAAAUCGAACUUCGAAAUCAUCACUGGUCGCGGUGAAAUCUAUCCAAUCUUCACUGAAAACAAUCAUUCAUUCAUCUGCGAAGGUCUUCGUUUUAAUCGAAUUUUGAGUCAAGAAUGGAAAGCGGGUUGGUCGAAAAGUCAACAGGAAAUGUAUGCAUUUAAUAAACAUCGCGGCUCAAAAAUCCCGUCGGAAUGGGUAAAAAAUGAUUGUCAUUCGAGUUUUUGGGAUACGGCUAUUAUUAAAGAGAAACAUGCGGAUGAAUAUCGAUCAAAAUUGGAUGGAUUCUGUCAAGUUCCUGCGUGUAUUUGGUCGUGGAAAAAUAGUUAGUGUUUUUUUAGAAACAUGGGGUUUAAUUUUUGAAGUUUUUAGAGCAGUAAAAAUGAAAACUCCUUUUUUUCUUCAACCCUUUUUUUACUUGAAACAGUGGUUUUUCUUUCAGUGAAUGAUGAAUAUGGUCCAAAAAUCAUCCUGGAAUCCGAAAAUGAAUACAAAGGUCGCCCAACAAUCUCAUCAAUUAUGCAAAUUAUUGAAAAAAUAGAUCUGCAAUGCGGGAAACACAAGAGUUUUUAA